UCCCUCUGAAAGGCUUGACUAAACACGGUGCUGUUAAGUUCUUUGCCUCAUUUCCCUCUUUUAGGUGACUCAGAUGUAAAGCUGGAGCCACUGGUCACCUCUGUUGUGCACAUGGGGGCAGGUUAGGUGUUACUUUAGUACACCAGCUUUUUAAAUGAUUAAAAUGCAUACAGGAGCAUAUGGUAGUGAGGUACUACUGGCUUGUGGAACAAACGGGGACUUGCCUUGCAGCACAGAAACACUUUGCUUUCUUCCAGUUACCGCCUUUGCCUAACAGGAAGUUUUUCAGUGUGUGUAUGUGAGUAAUGUGUGUAUAAGUCUACUGACCUUAAUGCAAUACAUGUCUCACUUCCUCAAAGUCACCACAUUGUCAUAGUUAAGGCACUCUGAUAUGUGUGGAGAAGUUUCCACAUUUUGACCAAUUGCUUUCACAAUAGAGUUCAUCCAUGGAAAUGAAUGGAAACCAAUUGUGGACCAUAAAACCAUAAAAGAUUCACAUUUUCAUGUUUUACCUGUUAAUGUAGUUCAAACAUAGCCUUGUCAAGUGCUAAUCGGGGGCCAUUUGUGGCUGCAGCUUGCAUACUGGAUUGAUUUUUUUUGUUGGUCUCUGGCAUCCUUGACUAGUUAGCACAUCAAGAGAUCCGUAUUUAAAUCUGUGUAAGUUUGGGUGGCUUUUCUCUGGCUGCAGCGGCUUCCUCCCACAUCCCAAGUAAAAACAUGUACAUAUGUGCCCUGUGAUUGACUGGUGACCAGUCCAGGGUGUACCUGAAGUCAGCUGGGAUAGGCUCCAGCUAACCCAAAUGAGAAGAUGAUGGUUUAACAUAUGAUCUAACCUGGGGGGGGGAACCUUUCUACUGAGGCCCACAUACUGAAAAUCAAAGGAUGUGGGCCACCUUUUAUUUUGUAAAAAGGAUUUUAAAAAUGUGUUUAACACUAAGUUUUUUUUUACUAUUUACUAGUAUCAACAUUCCAGCUUUUUUGCAAUUUUUUAAACUAUUACGGCACAAGCAACAAGUAAUCCCAGUUGUCCAUGUCUUUAAAUUAAUAUAACGCUAUUAUGUCUUAUUCAUUAUCGGCUGUGAUUUCUGAUCUGACGCGGCCACCGUGGCCCCGCCCACAUACUACUCACGUGACGACCGUCGCCCAGGUUGUGUCGAAAGCAUCCUGCAUUAGCCGUUAGCUAGUAGUUGACCAAAUAUCAAGUGAUGUGGUACUUUUGGUGACAUGGAGGAAACGUGAGCGUUACUCUAGCGGAGGCAGAAAGAAGAAAAGAAGCCACCCGAAUUGCCCCCGCCAACAUGGCCUUUAUCGCUGAAAUCCGAGGAGGUUCUUUAUCAACAAGACAUUAGCCCCGGCUAACGCUACAAAGUUUGACGGACAACGGCAACGUUACGCUAGCUAGAUACAGGUUGUUUGUUUACUACUUGUUACAAUAGCGGGGUGUCUGCCAGUGUCUUCUCAUAUCUUAACGAUUAAGAUAAGCACCCCGCUGUACAUGCCGAUGGAUUCAUAUUCAUAUUUUGACCAGUCUCAGUCGGCGCUAACGUGACGGCAAGUGAAUAUAUAUUGACAACUCUUUUUGUUUUGUUUUGCCAACUAAUGCUAACACUGUUGAGGUAGAGUCCAAUGUAACACAUACGCUGUUACUGGAAAAAACUAGGCUAGUCCUUUUUUUCCUCAACUGUCAACCGACACGAUCCAAUGUUUUGUACCUCAUGCAGGAUGUCAAACACUGGGAUUAAUAUCGAGGCAUCGGCAUUGUUGAUACACAUCUGUCUGGUCAUUGCCCUAAUCCCUGUGCUCCACACAAUGCAGCUACAAUAGUUGUUACAAAGCUGUGUGGACUGCAAUAUCGUAAAUAUCGAACAAACAAGUGGCGUUGAAUUCAUCUCAAAUAGUUUGUAUUGGGAGCAACUUCAAGUUAUGUCGGGGGAUAGCAGUGAUGACUCCGACGCACAAACUAAUGAGAGCGCCUGCACCGUCAAACAUCAAAUCACCAAUGCUAACCUUACCGGGCACACUGAAAAGGUCGGCAUGGAGAACUUUGAGCUCCUCAAAGUCUUGGGCACUGGAGCUUAUGGAAAAGUCUUUUUAGUGAGGAAGAACAGCGGCCAUGAUGCAGGCCAACUCUAUGCAAUGAAGGUGCUAAAGAAGGCGGCUAUCGUUCAGAAGGCAAAGACCACGGAGCACACGCGCACGGAGAGGCAGGUGCUGGAGCACAUCCGCCAGUCGCCUUUCUUGGUCACACUCCACUACGCCUUUCAGACUCAGAGCAAGCUGCACCUCAUCCUGGACUAUGUGAGCGGAGGGGAGAUGUUCACUCAUUUGUAUCAACGUGAUCACUUUUCUGAGGAGGCAGUACGACUUUAUAUCGCUGAAACAAUCCUGGCCCUGGAACACCUGCACAAGCUCGGGAUUGUGUACCGCGACAUUAAAUUGGAAAAUAUUCUCCUGGACAGUGACGGUCAUGUGGUAUUGACAGAUUUUGGACUCAGCAAAGAAUUUCUACAAGAAGAGAAGGAAAGGACCUAUUCUUUCUGUGGUACUAUUGAGUACAUGGCACCCGAAAUCAUUCGAGGGAAAACAGGCCAUGGAAAGUCGGUGGAUUGGUGGAGCCUUGGAAUCCUGAUGUUUGAGUUGCUGACGGGUGCUUCUCCAUUUACUCUGGAGGGAGAGAGGAACUCCCAGAGCGAGGUGUCCAAACGUAUUCUGCGCUGUGAUCCACCAUUCCCCUCCAUGAUCGGACCCACUGCUCAGGACCUUCUGAAGAAGCUGUUGGUAAAGGAUCCUCACAAGAGGCUUGGCUCUGGACCGCGGGGGGCUGCAGACAUCAAGGCACAUAUUUUCUUCAAGGGACUGAACUGGCAAGAUCUUGCCCAAAAGAAGAUUCCCAGUCCGUUUAAACCCGAAGUGAAGAGUGAACUUGAUGUGGGGAACUUUGCCGAGGAGUUCACAGGGAUGGAUCCAGUCUACUCUCCAGCAAGCACCCCCCCAAGCACUGACCGUCUCUUCAAGGGCUACUCCUUUAUCGCUCCCUCCAUCCUAUUCAACAAAAAUGCUGUCAUGGGAGACUUUCUGGAAUCGCAGGUUCAUGCUGACCGUCCGGGCUCGGCCACGGUCCAACGCAGUGCCAUGUUAGCGGAAUCCCAGUUUUUUCAGAACUAUGAGCUUUGUCUCCAGGGGCCACCUCUAGGAGAGGGGAGCUUCUCUGUGUGUAGACAAUGCACUCACAAGCAAAGUGGCCUCGAGUAUGCCGUCAAGAUAGUCAGCCGCAGAAUGGAAGUGAACACCCAGAGGGAGAUUGCUGCUUUGAGGCAAUGUGAGGCUCACCCAAACAUCAUCAAGCUGCAUGAUGUCUACACUGAUCAGUACCACACCUACUUAGUGAUGGAGCUCCUGCGCGGUGGCGAGCUGCUCGAAAGGAUCAAGAAGAAGAAACUCUUCGGCGAAGCGGAGGCCAGCCAGCUGCUGCAGAGCCUGGUCUCAGCUGUCAGCUUCAUGCACGAAGCCGGAGUUGUGCACAGAGACCUGAAACCCGAGAAUGUGCUGUUUACGGAUGAGGGGGAGGACUCUGUGCUCAAAGUGAUAGAUUUUGGAUUUGCCCGCCUGUGUCCUGCAGGCAGCGCCCCGCUGCAGACUCCCUGCUUCACGCUGCAGUACGCCGCACCGGAACUUUUUGAGAGCGCCGGCUACGACAAAGCCUGUGACCUCUGGAGUCUCGGGGUCAUUCUGUACACCAUGCUGUCAGGCCAGGUGCCGUUCCAGUGUGAGCAGGUGGGGAUGACGUCAUCAUACGCUGCCGACAUCAUGCAGAAGAUUAAAGAAGGAGAUUUUUCCUUGGAUGGGGAGCCAUGGAAGGGCGUGUCGGAGGACGCCAAAGAGCUUGUUAAAGGGCUCCUGACCGUGGAUCCGGAGAGGCGACUCAAGCUCUCCGAUCUGAAAGAGAACAGCUGGCUGCAGGGGGGGGCAUCCAUGUCCACGACGCCGCUGUGCACCCCAGACGUGCUUGAGUCCAGCGGGCCCACCGUGCGCACCUUUGUGAACGCUACUUACAAGGCUUUCAACCGCGGCAAGAGAGAGGGCUUCUUUCUGAAAAGCGUCGACAACGCUCCGCUCGCAAAACGCCGAAAACUCAAGAUGACGAGCACGGGCGUGGAGACCCGAUGGAGUUCGUCGUCUUCGUCGUCGUCCUCUUCUUCCUCUUCCUCCUCGGCCUCUGCGAAAGCGUCAACGGCACAGCCAAAGCAAAGCGUGAGCCCAAAGCAGAGCUAGUCAGGCUACGCAACGUUCAGCUAGGUAGGAGCCCAACAUGUUCUCACCAUCACACACUAAAAACUCUCCUGUUCACUGUGGCUAAGGAACAGUGUUGGGUGGAAAGGGAAGAAAAAGAGCCAUGUAAGAGCUGAAGCCAUAUGCACAACCAAUCAGUCAAAAUUGAGCCCAGCGAAAACACACAAGUUUGCACAGGCAGAUGGGUAGUAUGUGCAGAUUUCAUUUUCUUUUUCUUGUUUAACAUAUUUGAGGGCAAAUGUUUGGCUAUUGUUGAUGUGUGUUCUUUUACUCUCUUCUUUGGACUGGUCAAUAUUAGCUUGCACUUUUGAGAAUGUUGAUGAUUAAAAGUUGGAACACGGCACAGGCCGUCUUUGCAAAGUAGCCGCAGCUCAAAUACGACACGCCAGCGUGCUGGAAUGAGUAUCGUCUUUUCCGGUGUACGAGCCGCUACUUUUUUCUAAAACUUUGAACCCUGCGGCUGAUACAGCGGUGCGCCUAAACUCUUAUCUGGUGACAUCUCCGUUACUUCAGAACUACUGCUAAUUGUUUAAAUACUGUACCGCUCGCAAGUCAAUGAGGGAACGGUAGCUCUUUCUUUGGCAGGAGCCAAUCACAAGCCAUCAGUGCACUCACAACAAGCUUGUCAACCCCCUGGAAAAAGCACGAGGUCAUUAUAUGUAACAGUACAACAAUAUAACCGUCUACUCACUGUAUCACCUUACAAAGAACACUAAACUCAUCACACAGCAACUUAACACCUGAGAAGUAUACAAACAUACCAAUAUGAGUUUCAAAUGAAAACAACACCUUUCAAGUUUUCCCAUAAGACAUUGUGUCUGAGCAUCACAUUCAUUGGGGUGCUGCAAUGACGUCAGCCUCCCUCUGGGCUCCUCUGGCUCCCUAUGGUGGGCAGAAGCAGCAGUGCGGCGCCAUCCUUCCAUUUUCUAUGCUGCUUGUCCUCCACUGAAAUGCUUUGCUCAGAUGAAAUGCAUUAUGGGAAAACUUUUAAAAAAAUUAAUUUAAAGUUUGUUUUGGUACAUGUUUGGAUAUUUUUUAGGUAUACUGUUUGAGUGUUAAGUUGCUGUGUGAUGAGUUUAGAGUUUGUAAGAUGACACGGUGAGUAUAUUGAGUUAUGACCUCCUAUGAUUUCCAGCGGGUCGACAAGUUUUACAGCUCAUGAUUGGCUCCCGUCAAAUAAAGAGCUUCUUGGUCCUCGCAGACUCGUGCGCGCCACAAUAUGCGCCUUUUAUAUAUGUACAAAUCAGUUUUAGCGGGUGCGGCUCACACACCAGAAUUUCGGGUAAUCUUUCGGUGUGAUCGCCUGGAAAGGUCGCGCUUGUACUUGCUGUAAAUGGCUAGCCGUACGUAGCCGUCAAUGUCAAGCAUGGAUGUCUGUCGUCCUCAAAGCGCUUUCGUCCAUUUGGGCUUGAUGGAAAUGUGUUUUUAAAAGUGUAAUUUGUGCGAACUAAUCCUUUAGCAGUCACUGAGUGGAAGACUAAGACGUGAUUUGAAAUGAUCACACACUUGGAGAUGAAUUUAGUUAGGAUGACACCACCCAGUCACAUCUGCUAUGUACAUAUUUUCAUUUGGAGAGAAAAUGGGUCCGUAUUGAUUGAAACUCUUUUAAUGGUGUAUCAGUGUCCUGUGUUUUUUUAUUUUGUACAUGUUGCAUGUGUUUUUAUCAAUAAAAUCCAUUGGAGCUUUAAAGGUUCUUUCACGGAUAUUUGUCUUUCAGAAAAUGAACGAAUGAAUGCUGUGGUAAAUGGUGGUUGUAUUGUUUUUAUUUCAGUAUCAGAUGAAGCGUUAUUGUGUGACCCCCCCAACCCUUUUUCCCAGGUUGACAGUUGAACAUUUGACUUAAAACUGUGCUGAUUGGUGUUAAACGUCUUUUGUCGCCGCAAAUGAUAUUUUGCAUCCUGUUUCUUUCUGUUUUGUUUUUUAAGCCUUACUUUUGUAUUGAGAUGCACUGCCACUGUUGUAACUGGGAUUUAUUUGUACCAAUAUCAUUUGUUCUGGUGCAAAAUAAAUAUUACUU